AUGGAACGUCUCCUUGCACAAUUUCGGCAUGUGGCUGGCAAAACGGGGAGCCUGGAAGAAAAGGAUUUCAAGAAGGCUGCAGAAAUCAAGUCAGACUUUUUUGCAGCUCGUCUGUUCAAAGCAAUCGACACAGAUGGCAAUGGACUGCUCACUUGUGACGAGUUUGUCAAUUUCAUGUAUACGCUGGAGUGCCAGGACUUGCGUGGCCGGCUUCAGAUCCUGUUCAAUGUAUACGACAUGGAUGGUUCUGGAGGAUUGACAAUCGAUGAGCUGGUUGAGUUGCUGUUGGCCAGUGUGGAAGAGAGCAAUUCCCAGAUGGAACUGCAGCUCGUCGAACACCUCGCAAAAUGCAUAAUGGACAACUUCGACACCAAUGGCGAUGGUGAAAUAUGCUUUGAGGAGUUUGUGGAAGCUGCCUCCAAAUACCCUGAUCUGGUUGUUGGGCUGACGUUGGCAGGCCUGGGUGCUGAGGCCAGGAAAAGGCGGCUGAGCAUGUGGGGGCGAAUAUCUUACACACUGCAGCAACCCUUCCGAAUGGUGAUCAACAAUCCUCAGCGAGCACUUUGGAUCGUGGUGCUGACCGCCGGGCUGCUGGGAAUGUUCUACUGGCGCUUGUCGAUGUACUUGACUGGGCCCAAGUGCGACCUGAUGGGGUGGACACUGCCACUAGCUAAGGGAUGCGGGCAGAUGGUGAAAUUCACAACGACGCUGAUAUUGCUGCCUGUGUCAAGAACCACUAUGACAUGGCUGAGGGAGACACCACUGCGCCACAUUGUUCCCUUUGACGAUGCCAUGCAGUUCCACAUCCUGCUGGGAAAACUUGGGUUCAUCUUUGCUUGGAUUCACACAAUUGCCCAUGUCAAUGACAUCUACAGAUGGGGAGAUCCAGAGUCCUCACAAUUGUAUUAUGCGGCUUUCCCUGGAGAAAAGAAGCAGCCCACGCACCUUGAACUGUGCAUGUCCCUAGUUGCAGUCACAGGCAUCAUCCAGCUGAUAUCCUAUUCCCUGGUGUUCCUUACGGCUUCCAAUUGGCCGCGGCGGGCGCCCUGGAUGGUGAAUACUCCGCUUGGAAAGUACUUAAACAACUUCAAGUUGAUAUGGCGGGUGCAUCACCUUACAGUGGUGUACAUGGCUGCGUUGCUUUUCCAUCCAAUGCCACACAUCCCAGAUGAGAAAAAUGAAUGGGGACACAGCGAUGUUUGGGCAUGGGUCGGCGUUCCCGUGCUUAUCUACCUCUUGGAGAGGAUCGCUCGGCUGUAUCGGCAGACAAAGGACGUUCAGGUUUUGUGUGCUGAGCUGCUGCCUGGCAAAGUGCUUUCCCUCAUGAUGACGAAACCAAAGGGCUUUGAGUACGAGAGUGGCAUGUAUUUGUACGUGAUGUGCCCCAAUAUUUCCCAGUGGGAGUGGCAUCCAUUCUCAAUAACCUCAGCACCAGGGGCAGACCACCUGAGCCUGCACAUCCGUGUGGUUGGAGACUGGACCGAGGAGCUGUACAAUCGUUUCCGCUCCUAUGGGCAAACAGUGCACCAUGAGGAGCUGCUGCAGACCUGCUUGAGGACGUUUGUCCCCACACUGGAGCCAAAGACCAGAACCCUUGAAACCUGCGGAACAGUGAGCCCCUUGCCAUCUCCAAUGGCAUUGGCAGGUGCCUCGCAGCGGGUCCUGAAAGGGAUGCCGCUUGUGAAAGACUCCACCAGGAUGGAUCGCAAGGUCUCUGUCCCUCUGAAUCCUUGGCCAUCGUGCAUGUUAGAGCCAGCACUGGAGCGGCAGCUUUCUGAGCAGAUUGUUCGCCAAUUGUCAGCCCCUUCAUCUGUCAUCUUUCCACCAGCAUCUGUUUGCGACGCCCAGCUGGCGGGCGGCGCACCCUUCCAUGUGCCUCUCUCUGUGAAUCCUCUUUGGGAGGAGGGCUCACAGGAUGCAUGGCCUGGAAGUGAGGGAGACAGCAUGAAGAAAAAGCAGUUGCACAGCAAGGGCCAGGAUGAGCGCCCAGGGAUGGCCAUGCCGCAUGGGGCUGAGGAGCUGCCCAGGUCCACAUCUCACUCUGGACGAAAGGUGUCUUUCAGGGAGGUUUCUCUGACACCAUUUGCUGCAAUCGAUGAGAAUCCGAAGGUGGACUGCAGUGCUGCCGAUGUGCCGUCCGGAGUUCAGGGAAUGAACAUCACCAACAAUCCCGUGUACUCAAAUGGCCAGAGGGCGGUGCCACCCCAACGCCGGCCUUCUUUCUUUCAGGACCUUGCUCAUGUGAAGAAGAGCCCUGAGAUUGCAGCGGGCGAGGUUCCAUUGAAGCUGUGCAUCGACGGGCCGUUUGGAGCUGCGGCGCAGGGUUAUAGGGACUACUCUGUGAUGCUGUUGAUUGGGGCUGGUAUCGGCGUGACUCCAUUUGCGUCCGUACUCAGCGAGCUGGUCCACAGAAUGCGCGAGACUUCUAACUCAGGAAAGGAGGGUUCUGCAGUUCCGCGUUUCCAAAAGGUCUACUUCUACUGGAGUGUUCGGUCACAGUCCGAGGUCGUGUGGUUCAGCCGCGUGCUGGAGGCCAUCAGCAAUGAAGAUGUGCACAAGAUUUUGGACAUAAAUGUCCACAUCACGGGCUUGCAAAAGUCUAACGAUGUGCGAACCAUGCCUCUCAAGCUGGUGCAAGUGGCUGUGCACAAACAGACUGGCAUGGACGUCAUGUCGGGCCUGAAUGGCCGAGUCCUGACACGAUUUGGCCGCCCUGAUUGGGCCAGAGUUUUCCGCGACCUGCAGAUCCGACACAGCAAAGAAAAGAAGAUCGGUGUAUUCUACAGUGGCCCAAACACGCUGGCGUCGGUGCUCAAGAGACUGAGCAACAAGUACUCCACGCGUGGGAACAAGUUUAACUUUACCAAGGAAUCCUUCGGGUACUGGUGA